UUAAAACAAUGCAAAGUACAAUUAACUUUCAAACAUGAAACGUCCAUUUAUGAGACAUUGACAAGAGGCAUGUCGAGAACAAGAGUACGAGCCGUGACCCAUCAAGAUCUUGUUCCAAGCCCUAAAACUACCGAUCUCAGCAGCAAAACUGGUAUUUUCGUCGUGGUUUUGACCAUAAUCUUUGGUCUCUCCUGCUUUGUUCUCUGUCUCUAUGCCGAAGCCACGAGAUCUCAGGUAACAAGGGUAAGCAGCACGUGCGUGUACAACGGUAGCGGUAAAACGCCGUUGUUGUGCGGUGUGAUUGCGUUCGUGGGACUAGCGGUGGCGAUGGUGGGUUUGCACAUGUACUUACUUAUCGCAGUCACCACAUCGCCGCUUGUUCUGGCUACGUGGGAUCCUGGCUCUACUCCUGCAAAGACACUCACUUAUCAAGCAGCCUUCUUCUUCGUCUCAACGUGGCUUUGCUUUGGUGUUGGAGAGGUUCUACUAUUGGUGGGACUUAGUGUGGAGUCAGGACAUCUAAAGAACUGGUCUAAGCCAAAACCUAGUUGUCUAGUAAUUCGACAAGGCUUGUUCUCAGCCGCAGGUGUGUUCUCGCUUUUAAGCGUCUUUCUAGCCACGGGACUUUACCUAAUGGCUCUUCAAGCACAUAGAAUCUCUAAAGACCUCGAAAAUACACACAGAGUAAUUCUUGAGGCAUCAGUUCUUUAUGCAUCUCCUCCAAGAUCGCCCACGAAUCGGAUGGCUACGGUAGCUCGAGAAGCUCCAGCUACGGUUAGAGAUGAGUUGACUUCUUUGGGAUAUCUUGUUUCUCUAAAGGAACUUGCAUAAAUAGCGUAGUGUAUAUAUUAUUUUACGGGAUCUAAUUUUAACUAAAAAUGAA